AUGAAACAGUGUGCCUCCACUCUGGAGCUGUUGGCGAUGGUAGUGUACAUGGCAGCCUGGCUGUGUGCUCUGGCCACCACCCUGAUGUCCCAGUGGCUGACCCUGUCCACAGAACUCUUGCUCACAGAGAGCUAUGAGCUGGGUCUCUGGGAGACCUGUGUGGUCCAGGACAUGGGGGGGAUGGAGUGUCGACCCUACGACAGCCUGCUUGGCCUGCCUCAGGACAUCAAGGUGGCCCGUGUCUUCAUGUGUAUCUCCCUGGCUGUGGGUCUGCUGGGCCUGCUGCUGGCUAUCCCUGGUCUCUACCUGGUCAACAGCUUCAGCCAGGGGCUGGAGGGCUGCAGGGCCAAGAGGAUCCUGAAGGUGGCAGGAGGGGUGCUGGGGAUGAUAGCUGGCGUGCUGUCUCUGAUCCCUGUUUCCUACGUCGCCCACCUGACGGUAAUGCGCUACUUUGAUGAGUCGGUGCCUGAGGUGGUGCCGCGCUGGGAGUUUGGUGAUGCCCUGUUCUGCGGCUGGGUGGGGGGGUUCCUCCUGCUGGUGGCUGGAUUACUCCUGUUUGCAUCCUGUCUGGGGCCUCUGGCAGAUCAUUCCAGGGGCCCCCAGGCAGACUAUUACGGAGCACCCCAGGCAGACCAUUCCAGGGGCCCCCAGGCAGACUAUUACGGAGCCCCCCAAGCAGACCAUUCCAGGGGACCCCAGGCAGACUAUUACGGAGCACCCCAGGCAGAUCCCCCGAAGAGAUACGAGGUCCGGAGUACAGAUCAUUCCUUCAGAAAACCUCCAAAAUAUGUCUGA